AAAUUACCUACCUUGACAUUAUUCUUCUUUCGAGUCGUGUCUGUAUGGAAAUAAAUGCCUCCGCGGACUGGAGACCGAGAGAGAGGAAUAUGACACGUCUCACGUCCAACGAGCCGCAGCGAGAGCGAUGCGACGGUGACCGGACUGACCGGAAAUAGAAGAAGUCCGCAAGUCGCGAUGGGGCUGCAGGGCUCGCGGCGCGAGGCGCUGGCGGUGGCGGCGCUGUGCGCGGCGUGGUACGCCGUGAGCUCGGCCAGCAACGUGCUGGGCAAGCUGGUGCUCACAGACUUCCCGUUCCCCAUGACCGUCACCAUGGCGCAGCUGCUGGCCAUCGUGCUGCUGAGCGCGCCGGCCUUCGGCGCCGCCGGCGUGCGGCGCGAGACCGACUUCCCGCGCGCCUACUACUGGCGCACGCUCGUGCCGCUCGCCUUCGCCAAGUUCCUCACCACCGUCUGCUCGCAGGUCUCCAUUUGGAAAGUUCCAAUAUCUUACGCGCACACGGUGAAGGCGACGACGCCGCUGUGGACGGCGGCGCUGGCGCGGCUGCUGUUCGGCGAGCGGCAGCCGCGCGCGGUGCAGGCGGCGCUGCUGCUGAUCGCGGCGGGCGUGGGCGUGGCGUCGGCCACGGAGCUGCACUUCGACGCGCUGGGGCUGGGCGCCGCGCUGGCCGCCGCCGCGCUGCUCAGCCUGCAGCACCUGUACUCCAAGCGCGUCAUGCGCGACACGGGCGUGCACCACCUGCGCCUGCUGCAGGCGCUGGGCCGGCUGGCGCUGCUGCUGUUCCUGCCUCUGUGGGCGUGGAGCGACGGCGCGGCGCUGCUGGGCGCGGCGCCGGCGGGCGGCUGGGCGCGCGUGGGCGCGCUGCUGGCGGGCGACGGCGCGCUGGCGUGGCUGCAGGCGGUGCUGGCGUUCAGCGUGCUGUCGCGGGUGUCGCCGCUGGCCUACGCGGUGGCGUCGGCGGCCAAGCGCGCGGCGGUGGUGGGCGCGUCGCUGCUGCUGCUGCGCAACCCGGCGUCGCCGCUGAACGUGGCGGGCAUGGCGCUGGCGGCGGGCGGCGUGCUGGCCUACAACCGCGCCAAGCUGCGCGCGCGCGAGCGGCCCGCGCUGCCCGUGUGACCCGCGCCGCGCGCCGCCCCCGCCGGCCCGGUGUGUAGGAAGAUUUAGCUAUUAUUUAGACUUUUCGUCGAACUGUGACGUGACUGACUUUUUUACAUACUUUUGUUGAGAUUAUAAGCUCACAGUGAUACUUCGAUGUGAAUAAUUUAAUGAAAUUGUUUUGUUUAGAGAGCCGAUUUUCCUCGACCGAUCGUCAGAUAACUAUUACUGAGACUAGCUGUGGCCGCGACUUCGUACGCAUGAAAAUAUUUUGAAUAAUAUUUCCUGUUUUUGCAACAUUUUUCUUUACUACUCCACCCCUAUUGGCUCUGGCUGUAGUGUAGGGUGAUGUUAUACAGGGUGGAAUUUUGUAAUACCACCUGUAGCCUUAUUCACGUAACAAAACUUCAACGACAACAAAUCGCUGAAUGUGAUACGUGAAUUAGGCCACUGAUGGGAAAAUACUCUUAAAAAUGUAGAUAGAAAAUUUUAAGUAAAAAAAAAUCAUUCCUUUAUUAUCUAAAAGAAAUAGAAAACUGCAUUCAAAGAUUUUCAGAUAUUUGCUUGACACACCUGAGAAUCAAACCAACUAAAAUUGUUAAAAAUUACACCCUGUAUUUUUAUUGCAUCGAUCGUUAGGGUUAAGCAUAAGGAUGAAAUCUCUAGCAAACAUCAAAUGACAAAAUCAUGAAAUCUUAAAUUAUUUUAAUUAUUUACAGGAAAAUUGUAUGGUGGGGAAUUUUCGGAAAUGUUUGAAUGCAGUUCUAUUCCUUUUCAAAAAUAAAGGAAUGUUUUCUUUGAGUAAAAUUUUCUGAGUACUUUCUCUCCAAGUGGUAUUACAUAAUUCCAGCCUGUAUACUACUCUAAACCGUUUAUGCUCAGAAUGCCAACUUCUCAAAAUGCCAACCGCUCGCAAAAUGACAACUUCUCAGAAUGCCAACUUCU